ACAUUUCACUAUCCUUCCUUAAAAUUUAAUUCCAAAGAACAGGAGAUAUCAGCCGGUGGUAUGAACUUCCAAGCUGAGCACACCUAACUCCAAUUCUCAAAUCAUCAUCACCGUCCGAUCAACCCCCUCUUUCUCUUCUCUUCUCUUCUAUUCUAGGGCUUUCUAAUUUCAUUUUCAUUUCUCAAACCUACGCUCAGUGAUCGGAAAACGCCAGAGAGGAGGAUGUCAACGGCCAGAGCCGCCGGCGAAAAUAAUAAUAAUAAUAAUUCAAAUGAGAGCGGAAGCGGAGUGGAUACGACGCCGUUGCUGCGCGACCAGAUCUUCCGUAGCCGCCCGUUCCUUCGGAGGCCGCCCAGUCUGCGAGGGGCAGCUCGCUUCUUGCGUCGGGCGAGCAGCCGGCGGAUGCUGCGGGAGCCGUCCAUGAGGGUUCGUGAAGCUGCGGCGGAGCAAAUUGAGGAGAGGCAGAGCGAUUGGGCCUACUCCAAGCCGAUAGUGAUUCUGGACUUGGUAUGGAACGUCGCCUUCGUGAUUGUGUCGAUUUCGGUGCUGAUUCUCAGCCGCUAUGAGAAGCCGUCGAUGCCGUUGAGGCUCUGGGUGGUGGGAUAUGCUUUGCAGUGUUUGCUUCAUAUGGUUUGUGUGUGCGUCGAGUAUAAGAAGCGGAGUCAGCAGCGGUAUUUUAUGGGUGAGUCGAGCUGGAGAAGCGGUGGGAGUAGUAAUCGUGGUGAUGGAAUGUGGAAUAGCGGGAAUUCGAGUUCCGGGAGUGAUGACGGGGAUUAUAGUUCUGAUAGGAGGCAUAGCGAUGAGGAAACCAGUGUUGCUAAGCAUUUGGAGUCUGCAAAUACAAUGUUCUCAUUUAUUUGGUGGAUCAUAGGAUUCUACUGGGUAUCUGCUGGUGGCCCUAAUUUGACUCAUGAUGCACCUCAACUUUACUGGCUUUGCAUUACCUUUUUGGCAUUCGAUGUAUUCUUUGUUGUUAUCUGCGUUGCUGUGGCAUGUGUCAUUGGAAUUGCAGUUUGUUGCUGUCUGCCCUGUAUUAUUGCAAUCUUGUAUGCUGUGGCAGAUCAGGAAGGAGCAACCAAAGAAGACAUUGAACGACUCCCAAAAUACAAAUUCCGGAGAUUUGGUGAUUCUGAGAAACAAAAUGGCGAGAUUCAAGAAUCAUUUGGAGGAAUAAUGACUGAAUGUGAUACUUCUACACCAGUUGAGCAUGUUCUUCCGCUGGAAGAUGCUGAAUGUUGCAUUUGCCUUUGUACAUACGAUGAUGGAACUGAACUGCGUGAACUUCCUUGCCGUCAUCAUUUUCACAGUGCCUGCAUAGAGAAAUGGUUGUACAUUAACGCCACCUGUCCUCUAUGCAAGCUCAAUAUUCUGAAGAAUGGCAACCUGAGCGGUAGUGAAGAAGCAUGAUCUAGAUACAUCAGCGGUUGCUUCUCAUUUUGCACGUGUAAAUGAGUGCUGACAUCUUUUGGAGCUAAUGCUUCUUAUGUAUUGCAUUGUAACUGCAUGUUGUAUUUGUGCUUGUUUUGGUAUGUAUGCUUAUUUUGAUGUGCUUAAUGUAUAGGGGAUCCAUUACUUGUGGACGAACUCAGUUGUAGUGCUGGUACAGAGAUGAGAGCGCUAUCCUAUGUUCUUUUCUCUUCAUCGUCCUCUUCCCCUUGUUAAUGGCAAAAUUCCUAAUUGUCUAGUUGCCU